AUGGAGGGUGUACUUUUCGCAUUAGGAUUAACUGGGCAAAAAUUACUUGGUGUUCCCAUUAUUGUACAACACACUCAAGCAGAAAAGAAUAGAGUGGGAAAUUCACUGCCUAAUUUAGCACCAAAGACUUGUAAUGGACCAACGAGAUUAUAUGUGGGCUCAUUACAUUUUAAUAUAACUGAAGAUAUGUUACGGGGGAUAUUUGAACCAUUUGGAAAAAUUGAUCACAUACAACUUAUGACUGAUCCAGAUACAGGAAAAAGUAAAGGAUAUGGAUUCCUUACAUUCCACCAUGCGACAGACGCGAAGAAGGCCAUGGAGCAACUAAACGGUUUCGAGCUGGCUGGGCGGCCGAUGAAGGUGGGCAACGUGACAGAGCGCGCGGACGGCGGCUCCAACACGCGCUUCGACGCGGAUGAGCUCGACCGCGCCGGCGUCGACCUCGGCGCCACCGGCCGCUUGCAGCUCAUGUUCAAACUGGCUGAGGGCACCGGCUUGCAGAUUCCUCCAGCAGCAGCAUCUGUACUAAUGGGAGCUGGAUCAACUUUAACAGCUCAACCUCAAGUUGCUCCACCAAUUGCAACACAGUGUUUUAUGCUAAAUAACAUGUUCGACCCAGCCACGGAAUCGAAUCCGAGCUGGGACAUCGAGAUUCGCGAUGACGUCAUCAGCGAAUGCAACAAACACGGCGGCGUUUUGCACGUCUACGUAGAUAAAGCUUCACCCCAAGGGAACGUGUACUGCAAGUGCCCUACGAUAGCUACAGCAGUGGCGUCAGUGAACUCGCUGCACGGCCGCUGGUUCGCGGGGCGCGUGAUCACGGCGGCUUACGUGCCUCUCGUCAACUAUCAUUCCUUAUUCCCCGACGCCAUGACUGCGCUCACACUCCUCUUGCCCACGCGCCAGAGAUAGACCACAAUCACUCGUAUCGGUUUCUCGAUAGAACGAUUCCUCGAUUUAAUAUGAUACCCUGAUUUUAAUAUAAAUAUAGUGUGUUGGCUUAAUUAUUAUAGAAUAAAAUAUUAAUUUUGUCGUUUUUAUUUU